GUUGACCUCUAUUUUGGAAACCUCGCAUCCGCAAAGUAUAAGGCUUUGCAACCACGAAUAUCAUACUGUGCGCAUCGAGAACCCCACGUCUCGACGAUGGCAGACUUACAAUCGACUACUGCGUCCGUAAAGCCGCGGACUAGCAGCAUGUCGCAGAUGUCUGAGAGCUCUCAAACCGCAGCGGAAUUCAUCAAUGAGCAGCUCAACAUGGAGGCAGAAGCACGCGAGGCUCUUCCCUACCAAUUCGACACGUGCACACGAGACCUCGGUCCUCUCCGUCAGAGCCUAUACGCAUGCCUCACAUGCAGUCCACCUCCGGCCAGUGCCGCCCAAGUCCACACCCCAGCAGGCGUCUGCUACUCAUGCUCCAUAUCUUGUCACGGCGAACACACCCUUGUCGAGCUGUUCAACAAACGCGACUUUGUCUGCGACUGCGGCACGACACGCAUGCCCGAGAACUCACCCUGCACUUUGCGCAUCAACUCAAAGACCGGGCAGAAGGGCGACGUCACUGGCGAGACGCCCGCGAAGGGCAACAGCUACAACCAAAACUUCAAGAACAGAUUUUGCGGCUGCGGCGAGGACUAUGAUGCGCACCAAGAGAAGGGUACUAUGUUCCAAUGCCUUGGUCUAGGGACUACUGAAGAGGGCGGCUGUGGCGAAGACUGGUGGCAUCCAGAGUGCUUGGUUGGCUUCACACGCGAGGAGUACGCGAAGUUGAUCGAAAAACCAGAAACGAAAGAUCCAAAUGGUUCAGCCGCAGACGGUGAGCUCGAUCGAGAGGCCAGGAAGGAGAAUUCGAAUACCACAGAUACACCUGUACUUGACGCAGCGGCCCUUGAGCAGAAUGGUGCUGAUGGGAACGAUGUUGUGGCUGAAGCUGAGGACGUCGAAGAUGAAGACCCGCCAUUGCCUCCGGGCUUCCCAUCUGAGGACGACUUCGAUCAUUUCCUCUGCUACAAGUGUAUCGAGGCCAACCCCUGGAUCAAGUCAUACGCGGGUUCCCCUGGCUUCCUGCCGCCAGUCUACACCGAGAAGGAACUCAAUGCGGCACAGGCAACACAAAUAUCAGCCGAGACUGUCACCAAUGGUGAUUCCAAGAAACGGAAAGCCUGUGACGACCAUGUCGAGACCGACGCAUCACUUCCUGUGCCGGCUCCAGCCAAGCGCAAGAAGUCAGAAGAUCCCAAUGGUGCGCUUUCAAGCAUUCCAGAAGACACCGCCACCGUCAUCUCAACGCUGGCCAUCACACCGAAGAAGGAAGACAUGGCAAUCUGCAAAGUAGCGUCUCUACCUCCACCUUCCACAAUAGCCCUCACGAAACCCUUUUCCCUCUUUCUCAAGCCAGCCUUCCGUGAUCACCUGUGCCACUGUGCAGAGCACUUCCUUGUUCUAAAGCCACACCAGCAACUCUUGGAAGAAGAAGACACAUAUGAGCCGCCCAUCUCCGAAGACGGCGAGGAAGGCGCGCAGUCCGUUGGUACCGGCUCGAUUCUGAACCGCGGUGAAGCAGCUUUCAACAAUAUGGAUCGCGUUCGCGCUAUCCAAGGCGCGAUGGCAUACGCGCAGCUGAAAGACAAGGUGAGCGCUUUCUUGAAACCCUUUGCCGAGAGUGGCCGGGCGGUAGGAGCAGAGGACGUCAAAGCGUAUUUUGAGAAGUUGCGAGGUGAUGCACAGGGCAUUCAGGAAGCUGCUGUUGGCGCUAAAGAUAGUAGACAAGAUGGAGAAGGUGAUGGUGGUGCGAAUGGCAGCAAUAGGAAGGAGCAGAGUGGGUACUGAGCGCGCUUUUCAAAGGGCGUUGAGGUGGGAUUGAUACCGGGCCUGGACAUGAGGUGAUGAUAGAUGACUAAUUCAUAUAAUAUCGAACAAUCGAGCAG